AGGCAUGCUGUGUCAGGGAACAAGCGGCGGUUUGUAGAGGACGAUUUCGACCUCGACCUGACCUACAUCACACCGCGUCUCAUCGCCAUGGGCUUCCCGUCUAAGGGAGUGGAGGGCGCGUACCGCAAUUCGUCGGACGAGGUCUACCGUUUCUUCCAGCAGCGUCACUCCGCUCACUUUCGCAUCAUCAACUUAUGCUCCGAACGCGCUUACCGCCUCGACUUGUUCCAUGGCAGCGUCGCACGAUAUCCAUUCCCAGACCACAACCCCCCGCCAAUGGAGCUGAUCCUCCCUUGCUGCAUGCACAUCCAUCGCUUUCUCCAAGACGACCAAGACAACGUGGUGGCGGUUCACUGCAAGGCUGGGAAGGGACGGACCGGCCUCAUAAUUGUCGCUUACCUGAUGUUCGGAGGGCUGGCAAGAAGCGCAAGGAUGGCGCGGAUCUACUACGACACGACUCGGACUCAUGACGGGAAAGGGCUUACCAUCAUCUCACAG